AUGAGUUCAAGACUUUUCAGUUUAAAAACAAAUCUCGCUUAACCUAAGGUAGAGUAUAAGCACUAAAUUUUGGCUCCUGUUGAGUUAAAAAUGGAAAAAGAAAUACCUUAACCUGGAAGCCAUAUUAAUAAAUUUAUCCUCAAAGGAUGCAGUAGGACUUCAAAAGACCCAUAUCUGUCAUAAAAAUUUGAAUAAAUAAAGGAUAUAGUAGAUGAUCAAAAAGUUCCUAACCAUGGUUUAAUCUCUCUUUAUAAUUAAAAAUCUACCAAUGAUGAAUCUCUCAAGAUUAAGCCCAAGUUAGCCAUUUGUAUUACAAUGUAUAACGAAGCAAGAAAAGAAUUAGAAUCAAGUUUGGAUGGUAUUUUGAGAAACAUGAAGCAUUUCAAAAAAAAUUUAGGAAUUUAAAACGAAGAAAUAGUUGUCGUUGUAAUUUAUGACGGUAUUGACAAAAUAAAUAAUGAAAAAGAUCCAGAUGACAAUAUGAUUGAAUACUUCAAAUUAUGGGAUCGUGUUGAAGGUUCUAAAUACCACAACUCUAACUUUACUAUUCCUAGAAAAUAUGAAAAAUUCAAAGAGUAGUUGGAGCGUUCUAAGUAUCAAGUAGAAUAACUCAGAAAUGAUGACUUUAAGAUCUUCAAGCAAAAUGAGAAGCUUAACGAAGAAUAUAUAAAAUAUAAAUCAACUAUAACUGAUGAUGUCAGACAAGAAGAUGCUAAAAAGGCUGAUUUCUUGUAUUCUGUGAAAUAAAAAGCUUAAAAAUAUAUUGACUCAAAGAGCAAUAACGCUAUACUUUAUCAAAUGAGAGAACGUAUUUCAAAAGUUGUUGAUUAGAACUAGGAACAAGAAAAAUCAUCAAGCGCUAAUGAUGAAACUGAGGAUUAUCUCCAUAUUUUCCAUUGCAUCAAGUAUAAAAAUGGUGGUAAACUUUCAAGUCAUUUGUGGUUCUUUUGUGGUUUUUGUGAGUUAUUCUAGCCUGAGCAUACUAUUUUGUUAGAUUGUGGUCUCAUUCCAGAUGAAACUGCACUAGUCAAUAUGUAUUUAGCCUUAGAAACAGACAAAGAUAUUGGAGGAGUCUGUGGUUUUAUGGGUAUUAAAUUAUAGAAUGUCUAUAAUGAAUCAGGAGAGAGAACUGAUAACUUUGAUGAAAAACAAGUAGACUGGAUUUCAUAAUUGUAUGAAGAAACAUUUAGCAUUCAAAAGGCUUAGAUGUUUGAGUAUAACAUGGGUCAUUUAAUUGAUAAACCUUUUGAAUCUUUAUUUGGGUUUAUUUAAGUUCUUCCUGGUGCUUUUAGUGGUUACCGCUGGGAAGCUUUGAAAAGAGAUAAUGAUGGAAAUUCUAUUUUAGAUGAUUACUUAGCAAGUGUCUUAGAUAAAGAGUAGGAACUAACUUUAGAAUAAUAAAAUAUGAAUCUAGCUGAAGAUAGAAUUCUUUGCUUAAAAAUAUUCUCUAAAAAAGGAAAAAAGUAUACCUUAAGAUAUAUUAGAAAUGCUACUGCUAGAGUCGAUCCUGUCACAGAUUUGGUCACCUUAGUUGGUCAAAGAAGAAGAUGGAUUAAUGGAUCAUAUUUUGCACUUAUAGAAGCGCUUAAGAAGAAGAGUAUUGUAUACGAAUCAGACCAUACAACUUGGGAGCUUUUAAAGUUUAAGAUUUGUAUGAAAUUCGCUCAAUUAAAUAAUUUUUUGGGAUAUGUCUCUUUAUCAGUAUUCUUUACUAUAGUGUUCAUCAUGAUUUUAACUAACGUUGAAACAAUUACUCUUAAUUAAGCUUAGGAUACAAACUCAAUAGUUUCAGUUGUAUUGACCACUCUUUUCUUAGUCUCUUACUUUAUGUGCAUUUUAAUGAUCAUUUAUUACUCAAUAGCUUUCAAUAAUAGAAAUCCUAAAGUUAUAUCUUCAUUUUACGCUAUUUCUACUUAUUUAGGUAUAAUUAUGUUAGCAGCCUUUGGUCUUAUGAUGGCAUACGUUGUCGAAAUGUUCAUCUAUGUAAUUAAAAAGAACAUAAUUGGAAAUAUUUCAAUAGAAGAAGAAAAUAGAGGUUUGUUAAGCUCAUGGAAAGAUGAAAAAUUACGUACUGUCUUCUCCUGGAUAGUCGUUUUAGGUUUUGCAAUUAAUGUUAUUCCUAUCCUUUGGUACCCCACUAAAAUUAUUGAGAUUCUUAAGUCUUUCAUUCACUAUAUGGCUUAUUAAGCAUAAUAUAUUCAUUUAUUGCUUAUAUACGCUAUUUGUAGAAUUGAUGAUCUCUCUUGGGGAACUAAAAACUCUGAUGACAGUGGUGCCUAACAAGAAUUGAGCAAGCAAAUUAAGUUUAAAUUCGUAGCUGAGUGGUUCAUAACUAACGUCACUAUUGGUAUAGUUUUCUCUAUCCUAUUAACAAGUAAAGUUAUUGAAGAAGAUGAGUAAUUCUCUAGAAUAAAACCUUACAUUUUAUUCAUAAUUUCUAUUUUCCUAACUGGACAGCUUUUAUUCAGAAUUUUCUUUGCCACCAUCCAUGAAAUCUACUUUAUAUUCUUCAGAAUAUAAAUGAAUGAAAAAUCAAAAAAAAUCAAAAGAGAUUAAGAUAGCUAAAGCAAAUUAAGAGAAAUCAGAAAUAAAUUAUUUAACAACUAAUGA